UAUCGUUCUCGCCUCGCCUUCCUCCUCCUCCUUCAUCGCUACUCCUCCCCAACCCCCACCCCCGGACUAGUGUUGGGCGUGAAGGAAAAGGGGCGAGCGCGCAUGUGGGCCCUCGAGAGCAGCGGAAGGAUUUUCGGCUGCCGCAGGGACCACCCCGGCAGAGUAUAUAAGACACCGCGGAGACGCCGGCGAGUCACCAGUUGUGUGUGAAAUUGUGUUGGGAGAGGUAGACGGGCAGCUCAACGUAACGUGGCGAUGAAUCUGCUCAAGAGCGUGUGGGUGGCAGUCGCGGUGGCUGCAGUGGCGGUGGCGGAGCCGGCACUGCCGGGCCAGUUCCAGUACCUGCCGCCAGACCGCGGCUACAACUACCCGACGCCCAAGGUGCCGUUCACGACGCCGACGACGCCAGGCUACCGGCCGCCGCAGACGACGCCCUCGUACGGCACGCCGCCGCCGCCCACGAGGCCCACCUACCCCCAGCCGCCCGUCACCUACCCGGUCGGCCCGCCGGUCACUACGCCGCCCUAUGGACGGCCCACCCCGCCGCCAACCUAUGGCCCGCCACCGGGUGACCACCACCACGACCACGUCCACGUGCCCGGCAUGCCCUUCGACUUCGAGUACGCUGUGAAGGACGACGCCCACGGCGCCGACUACGCGCACCGGGCCAACAGCAACGGCGACGUGGUGCAGGGCGAGUACCGCAACCUGCUGCCGGACGGCCGCGUGCAGGUGGUGCGCUACACCGCGGACUGGGCCACCGGCUUCCACGCGGAGGUCUCGUACCAGGGAGAGGCGCGCUACCCGGCGCCCGCGCCUCCCGGCACCUACGGGCCGCCCCAGCAGCAGCAGCAGCCGCCGCAGCAGACCGGAUACUGACCACCGCCCGCACUCACGACGACUCAGCCACCGCCGGGGGCGUGCCCGUCUCUCAAACGCCGCCCCCACUGCGCUCUACUUGUAGCCCCAACCCCCAAAACAUCCACCCUGCCAGGCGAGAGUAAUCCCUCUGAAUGCUACAACCUGCCAACUCAACAGUUCCACACACUACGAAACGGCAAAAACACCUACGCCCCCGAAUCUGUUAGUAUUGCAAUAGAACUGCAGUGGGAAAAUGUCCAGUUACCUACGGCAUUUAUACUGCCGUUGGGGACUAUUAUUUGCGUCCACCCGGUGGUGGCGAAAGCUAAUAUUUAUGUGUACGAGAGAGAGUGAGAGAGAGAAUGAGAGAGCUCCGUCCGCGGACGGUCGCGCCGCCGGCCCGAGCAAAAAGACGAUGGCAGGCAGCCUUGCCAGCACAUUUGGUGCGCUUCGCUCGUUAGCGCGUUAACCGAGUGCGCCGCAGUGUUGCGUCAGAUAAUCUGUGCGAGUGUGUUAAUGUCACGUACUGCUCUUUUCAUAAUGUACAAAAAAUAAACAUACUACUCAACUAAA